UCUCUCUCUCUCUCUCUCUCUCCAAAUAUUGCCACUGUGCAUUGACGAGACUAAGCUUUCCAUCCCUUCUUGAUAAAGUUCAUAAACUACGCGUCCUUUCCAACACUCACUCACCAAAACCCUAAUUUUAUCUCUUUUUUUUUUUCUUCUCUCUCUCUCUCUCUCUCUCUCUCCCUCGUCCUUCAAAUUCAUGCUCAAUUCUCACGGCCGAUUACAAUCCACCACUUCACGGCGGAUCGUCCUGAUCGAUUCUCAUGGACGACGACAACGAAAAACGACAUCCACUAACCACGACCGAGUUCACGACUCAGUCCACCUGGACUCCCGACUCGGACAGCGCCUACUUCUUCAAUACCCACGACAGAGACAACAACAUACUCAGCGAGUUCGGCUGGAUUUUCAACCCGGACGCCUCCAAACCCGAUGACUGCUUCCCCUGCCUCGACCCCAUCGCCGCCGCCGCCGACACGUCCGAUUUGGCGGGAACUACUAGUAGUGGUCCUCUUGUUUUGGAGAACAACAGCAGCAGCAGCAGCGCCGCCUUUGGGAGCCCCGACCCGGCCCCUGUUGUCGGAUCCGCUUCGACCAAUCCGUCAGCGUCUACGAGCUCCAGCGAGGAUCCGCCUGAGAGGUCUACAGGCUCCGGUGGCAAACCACCGCCCGAGAUACCGAGUAAGGUUAAAAUGAAGGGGCCGAAGAGAAUCCGGCAGCCAAGAUUCGCAUUCAUAACAAAGAGUGAAGUUGAUCAUCUUGAGGAUGGCUACCGUUGGCGGAAAUAUGGUCAGAAGGCUGUUAAAAAUAGCCCCUUUCCAAGGAGCUAUUAUCGCUGCACAAAUACCAAAUGCACGGUGAAGAAAAGAGUUGAGCGUUCCUCUCAAGAUCCCACAACUGUAAUUACCACAUAUGAAGGCCAACACUGUCAUCAUACAGUUGCAUUCCCUCGUGGGGGAGUCAUUGGUCAUGAAUCUGGCUUUGCAGGCCACCAGUUGGCUCAGCUGCCUCCAGCCUCACAGUUCAUGUAUUAUCCAACAAUUCGACCCAGAGAGAUAACUAGUCCUAUUAAUUUGACCCCAACCUCGUCGCACCAAGUAGUAGUCCCACGUCAUGACGAUGAUCAAGCUGCAGGAGGAUCAUCCCACUCCACUGACCCUCAGCUAACCCCACCUCUUCCUACAGACGAAGGGCUUCUUGGAGACAUUGUACCUCCUGGGAUGCGAAAUUGAUGAGGACACGGAUAAAAUGGUAGGGCUGUAGGAUCAAUAUUGUUAAAUUAGCUUGGCCAACGUCGUCGUCUCUACAGGCCAUGCAUGCAUACGGGUAGGCUUAGCAGCUGCAUUUUCUUCAGCUUCUGAUCUAGCUAGUAUAUAUUAAGCUUUGUAUGUAAAUUAAUGGAUUGUACCUCAUGAACAGAAUCUUUCAUUUUUUGUACAUAUAUAAUCGAACAAAUUAUCCCAAGAAUAUCAUAUAUUUAUUCGCAACGUUAAUUGCGAAAGUUGAUUAACUCAA